UGAUUCCGGAAACGAUCCCAUUUAUCAAAGUAGGUAACUUUUCUUUCUAGCGAUUCGUUUACGGCUGAAGUUAUGGUCCUUCUCCGGCUCUUUGAGGACGUCUCCGCGGCCGGACGCGGCGCUCUGCGGGCCCCGCGGUCACCUCUGCUCCUGUGCGCACAGUAGAUCCUCUGAGCGCAUGCAGCCUGCAGGGCGCACAGUGUGAAGGUUAAACAGGGCGGCUCACCGCGCCUCAGUAUUGUCUGCACUGAGGAGGACCCUCGCUUCUCUACCAAAGAGAAAGGGGGGAAAGAAGGGGGAAAUUUGCAGGUAUUCUUUUUAGGAUGGAGCGGAAUGGGAAUAUCUGUGAGGAUGACUCUGUAUGUGCUGAAGAGGAGGAAGAAGUGGAUCCAAGAAUUCAGGGAGAGCUGGAGAAGCUGAACCAGUCCACAGAUGACAUUAACCGCUUGGAGAGUGAGCUGGAGGACUUCCGACAGAGGUUUCGAGCUGUGCUGGCAGAAGCAACAGUGAAGCUGGACGAACUGAUGAAGAAGAUUGGGCGAGCUGUGGAUGAGUCCAAACCUUACUGGGAGGCCCGCAAAGUUGCAAGACGGGCCCAGAUUGAAGCCCAAAAAGCCACCCAAGAAUUCCAGCGAGCGGUGGAGAUCCUCCGGGCGGCCAAGGAGACCAUCGCCCUGGCGGAGGAGAAGCUUCUAGAAGAGGACACCCGUCAGUUCGACUCUGCCUGGCAGGAAAUGCUCAACCAUGCCACCCAGAGAGUGAUGGAGGCGGAGCAAACGAGAACGCGAAGUGAAGCUGAACAUAAAAAAACAGCAGCAAACUACAACUCCAGCAUCGGUCAUAUGAAGCAGCUAGAGAAGAAGCUGAAGCGCUCCAUAAACAAAUCCAGACCCUACUUCGAGCUGAAGGCCAAAUAUUAUCUACAGCUUGAGCAACUGAAGCAUCAUGUGGACCAACGUCAGGCCAAGCUUGUGGUUGCCAAGUCCGAGUACCGAACGGCGUUACGCAACCUAGAGAGCAUCUCAGAGGAAAUCCACGCGCAUCGACGCUCCCAUGCUAUGGGGACAAGAGAGCAAGGCGUCGGCGCCGAGGAGGACGAAGGCCAUGAUGACAUCACUAACUUCAAGAUGGAGUCGGACGGCCUGUCCAUGGUGUCCGUUUCGGUUGACGAAGAGGGCAGUCAAAGCUCAGAGGGGGAGGAAGACACCCGAACCACCUCCUCAUGUCGAACGGCGCCCUCCUCGCCCUCCUCUUCGUGCUCCCAUCCCUCUACGUCUGCCUCCACCCCCAUGAGCAUGCCCAGCUCCUCUGGUUACCCUGCCUGCUCCUUCCUCCCCACUUCCACUUCCGCCUCCAUGCUCUCCUCCUCUUGUCCUGAAGGUCUGGAGUCAGAGAGCCUCUGUGGCGGCUCUCACGGCCCAGACCUCAUGUACAGUCCUGGUCACGUCUCACCUCUCCUGGGUCCUCGCAGCCAGUGCAGCGGAGCGUCUUCUCCGGACUGCGAUCAGGAGAGAGGCGACAGAGCAGAAGGAGCCGAGGCCUCACUGGAGGGCGGCCUGAGCAGGCUGACCUUGUCUGCUCCUCCAAUAUCCGCAGACUCUGAGGAAGACAGAGAUCCGCAUUACAUCAACCCGGAAAUUACCUCUCCCAGCUCUGCCACCUCCAUUCUGCUUCUGAACGGUGUCUAAUAUUUUGCAUCACACCUUCAAGCCCCGACAAGGAGCCACUGGCAGAGCAGGAUGGCACAAUGCAACGGAAAGUAACAAGAGGAGCUGAAGCUGCUCUCCUGCAUGACUCCCUGUCUCAGUGUUGUGUAAACAUCAGUGUCGUCACAUGGAAGCUGCUGUGUUUAGCAUCGUUUUACCCUUGUUGAAUAAAUUCUGAAGCUUUUUGGACGUCAUAAACAAUAGAGACUGGAGGGCGGACAGUAAGUGGAUCUCUGCAGUGUUAGUGCUGGUGUUAUUAAAGGGCAUUGAAGAUCGACAUUUUUGCAAGCCAUAACGAUGUCCUAAAGGCGUGCAGUGCUCUUCGAGUUAACACCAAUGCUUUAAACAUUUCAUUUUUACCCUAAUCUGAGAUUCCUAUUACUGGUUCCACACAAGGAUCUGUUUUUUUCCGGUUUUAACAUUUUUCACUCUGGCCACCGUGGAAAGCUUAGCUCGCCGAUUCUGGUGAAAUGUGAAGGAAGGAACUGGAAGGAACUGUGAGCACUAAAGAGACUUGGAGCCUGCUAACCCUUUAGCUCCAUAACUGGUCUUCCAUUCAGACUUGUGAAAGAGUGAAUGUGUCACUAAGUGCAAAGGUCAGAGAGCAUUCUGGGCUUUCUCUGUGUGGCUGAGUAAAUGAUUUGGUUUUUGGACUGUCUGUGUGUUUGAGUGACUGUGUGUGUGUUUGUGAUUUGGACACUUAACCUGUUGUAGAGAUAUUCUAUAUAUUUAUACUCAUGUAUUCUUCUAUGUGUUUUGUGGUUACUGUUGUAAUUGUUUAGCACAAGAUAAGCAUUAAACAUGGCCUUUAUGAAACUUU